GACUAAUGAGCUGUUCCUAUGGGAUUUGAUAGAAACAUUAGAAAGGAAAACAUUCUGCCCGCUGUGACACCACCUAGAAGAAAGACUAUAUAAGUACUUCAAAGAGAAGCCAAAAGGCUUGGUAGUUAGAUUCAGUCAAGUUUGCUUGAGCUUUCCAUCUGAGGCACCACAGACUUUGAAACAAAACCAAAGCUGGAAACACACUAUGGAUACCAACGGCUGUACAACUGUUUCUUCUUCAACACCACUCCAAAGCUGCUCUAGGAUUACAAAUUUUAGGACCAUCUUUUCAAACAAAGGCUGCCAGGGUGGUGGUCUUGAAGCCAACAGCUGCCAAGCCAUUCCAUGCUUUUGUCCCAUGCCCAUCUGCCUGUCAGGCAACUUCAGUGCCUGUCUCCCACCGAAUGACUGCGGCUGGUGUGGCGAAGGCUUCAACAGUAAUGAGAAAGAGACCAUGCAGAUCUUGAACGAUCGCCUUGCCAACUACCUGGAAAAGGUGCAAAUGCUAGAACGAGAGAAUGCUGAUUUGGAGUGUAAAAUCCAGGGAGAGUGUAACAAAGAGGUCCCUGUUGAAUGUCCUGAUUACCUCUCCUACUACACUACCACUGAGGAGCUCCAGCAGAAGAUCUUGUGUACCAAGGCUGAGAAUUCCAGGCUGGUCUCACAAAUUGACAACACCAAACUGGCUGCCGAUGACUUGAGAGCCAAGUAUGAAGCAGAGGUGUCUGUACGCCAGCUGGUGGAGGCAGAUGCCAAGGGCCUGCAGCAAAUCCUGAACGCACUGACCCUGGGCAAGGCAGACCUGGAGGCGCGAGUGGAGUCUCUGAAGGGGGAGCUCCUCUGCCUCAAAAACAACCAUAAGCAGGAAAUCAAUUCCUUACAGAGUCAGCUUGGGGACAGAUUCAACAUUGAAGUGACCACUGCUCCUUCUGUUGACCUAAACCGGGUUCUACAAGAAAUGAGAUGUCAAUACGAGUCCAUUGUAGAGACUAACCGCAGAGAUGUGGAACAAUGGUUCAACAUGCAGAUGGAGGAGCUAAACCAACAGGUCGUGACCAGCUCUCAACAGCAGCUGUGCUACCAGAAGGAAAUCAUUGAACUGAGAUGCACCAUGAACACCCUUGAGAUUGAGCUACAGGCCCAGCAACGAAUGAGAGAGUCCCAGGAAUGCAUCCUAGCAGAGACGGAGGCCCGCUACACGGCCUUGCUGGCCCAGAUCCAGUGUCUGAUCGAUGGCCUGGAGGCUCAGCUGGCAGAGAUCCAGUGCGCCCUGGAAAGACAGAACCAAGAAUACGAGGUUCUGCUGAACGUCAAGUCCCGACUAGAGUGUGAGAUUGCCACUUACCGCAGCCUUCUGGAGAGCUCGGAUGGCAAGUUUCCCUGUAACCCACGUGCCACCAAAUGUAACUCAUCCUGUGAGACCAAGGCCAUGGAAUGCACAGCCCCAGUUUAUACAUCAUGCAGCCAGUGUGCAGCCUUAGCCCCCCGUGGGAUAUGUGAGCCCUGCAAUACCUGCAGACCCCUGCCUCGGAUACUGGUUAAAAUAUGCACCAUCACCAAGGAGAUUAAGGACGGGAAGGUCAUUUCUUCUCAUGAACACGUGCAGCCUUGCUACAUCACCAGACCUGCCAAAGGCUAA